AUGGGAAUAUGCUGCAACUAUUCUCCUUCUAUGAGGCUUGGUAAACCUAGAAAAAACAGGAACCCCGAUGGUUCCAUUAUGAGAGAUGUUUCUCCCGCGAGCUCGUGUGGGCCAUUGGGGAUUCGACCAGAGAUGAUUCCGAGGACCCCAUCAUCCACUACAGAAAGCUCACCAGAGCCAAUGGAUCCGUUCUUCUUUGGUCCAGCGACACCAGAGUACCAUUACCCAGAUACAUUUAUGGGCGGCUUCGACGGAAGUCAGUCACCCUAUUCGGACACUGGCUCCUUUGUGAGCGGGUGGUCGAACGACGACCAUUUGAUGUUCCAAAGCCCCUCGGAACCGUUGUUCGCAAGCAUACCGCAUUUCCCCCCACCACCAUCUUCGUAUGCGGGGCACGUGCGGUCCUCCAGUGUGCAGAGCCAACCGGAGAUGUUCGCACCAAUGGAUGGUCUGACAAACUCACCACCGAUGUCAAGCCCGCAAUAUUUCGGCAUGCCAGAACAACAAGGCCUACCAAUGUUUGCUCCAGAGAAGGUGGCGUCUCCUACACCGAUUGUCCCAGCACCUCUCCCAACUCCUCCUAGUUCAGCCACAAUUAAGCACCAUGAUCCCAUGGACUGCACACAAUUCGCAUUUGCGACACUGAACAGUCUCUACUCUCCGCCAGCUUCUCAGCCUGCUGCUUGCGACUUCACUGGCGGAUCCAAUAGCCUCCCAACUCUUGACUCGGUCCUGUCAACCAACAAAGCUGCGGUCGACAAGCUAUUCGUCCUCCUCGGAUGCCCCUGCUCGGCAAACCCCCAUUUCUCGACGACCAUUGCCUUCACCAUCGUCAAAAUCCUCUCAUGGUAUCAAGCUGUUGCUGGCAUGAACCAGUCAACAGCCGAAUCCCCGGUGAACACACAAUUGGAAGCCUUCACGCAUACUCCCAUCUCCCUUGGCGACUUCAGACUCGAGGGUGAAGAUGAAGAGGCUUUUAGGACUCAGCUCAUUCUUAGCGAGCUCCGCAAAGUUGAAAAGCUCAUUGACAAGUUCUCGGAACGGUACUGCAAGGGCGCAAACGCUGCAGAGAUGGGCAUUGACGGAGGCGUCUAUGGUGCCUUGGAGUCUUUGCUCCGUACUCGAGUCCGCGACACCUUCAAAAUCACCAUGAAAAGCGCACCCGAGGAAGUCAAGAGGCAGGUCGCUUCACGGACUCAGUUGCGCGCUCGCACACACACUCUAUAA